UGAUCAGAUUGUUUUUUCAAUAAAAUACUUAAUAUAUGUUUCAGAAACAGCAAAGGCUACAAAUAAGAAUGCUAUGGAAAGUAUAGAUCACAAAGGACUGGAAAAGCAAUGGAAGACAGCAGGUUUGUAUAAGUUUUUUUUCUUCAAAAAUUAUUCAUUUUGUUUCUGAUUUCAUAUCCAUGGAAAAUAUGGAAGAUGGCGAGGAGUAUUAAAUUGGAGACUAAAUGAAGUAAAUAAUAAUCACAGAUCCAAACUCAAGCCAAUACGUGGGUAGCAAAGAGCAAGAGUGGAGGAGAUGCUAUUAGCUAUAAAUACAUUAGCUAAUAUUUAAAACAAAAUGAAAAAAAUAGAUGGGGACAAGCUAGCAGAAAGAGCAGUGUACAGUACUGUGCAAAAGUUUUGAACCCCUCUUAAUUGCAUCAUAUUUUGCUUCCAAGGAACUAGAGCAAAUAACUUAUCCAGGCUUACUGAAGAUCUGAAGAGUCACACAAGAACUGAACUAAAUAUCAGUGGUAACAGGUUUACUAUUGUAAUGAAUCCAAAUGUGAAACUCUUCUGUACGGAGGAUCUCAGGAAAAAGGUGCAACACUGGGUGUCUACAGCCAUCUGUAAAGCAUGGCUCUGUCAUGGUCUGCAUUGUUUGGAAACAAAAUGCUGGAAAUAUGAAUACAGUCAGAGUUUGAUGCACCAUCUUCACUGAGAACGAAACAAACGGCAGACAAUAUCAAAAGAGCUCCGAAGCCUGGGGAGCUAGUCCUGAAGAAAUGACAAGAAAGCAGCCUAACGGGCUGUGUUGAAGAAUAACAGCCUGAACCCAUUUCCCCAGCAAAAUAUAAAGAAACGACGUCGUUUUUCACAGUACUGUAUAUUUAUGUAAUUCUAUCACUUUUGGGGUAACUAACGAAGGGGUCCCAUAAAACAACGAAACAGCUUAUUUCCUGAAACAACGUUUAAAAUGUAUACAUCUAGAAAAAGUCAAACAGUUUGCCAACUCAUCCGCGACUCCUCAAGCAAAGCUACCUGCUUCCUGUGGGCGUGGCGGUCGCGCUCGUUUGACGUCGCAGACUCCAACAGCUGAUCCUCCUUCGUCACCUAAGGCGCCACGAGUUUACAACACAGCACGAGUUUCACAGACCUGUUUCACCUUGUUAUGAACUCAGCGGGACACGAAGACAGCAGCAGAAGUUACCGUAGCGCUCCGAGAUGCCAAAAUAUUGUUCGGUCCCAAACUGCAAGAAUGACUCCGCGAGCGACAGCGACAGGAAAAGCUUCUACAGGUUCCCUCUUCAGGACCCAGUCAGGCUGCAGCAGUGGCUGAGAAACAUGGGACGUGAGAACUGGGCUCCCUCUCGGCACCAGUAUAUUUGCCACGAACAUUUUGCACCUUCGUGCUUCAAAGUGCGAUGGGGGAUCCGUUACCUUGAGAGAGACGCUGUGCCCACUGUGUUUCAGGAGGCUGAGAAACGGAAAGCCACAGACGAUGGCGAGAAGAAAACAAAGCGUCUUCGAACUAUCUGUAAUCCAAGCGUAUCGGUAUCAGAUGACAAGACCAUGGUUUUUGACACAGCAGACAUGCAAAACAAAGUGCACACUGUGCACCUGUAUCAGAUUGCUGUCGACCCAUCGCAACAAGAAGAAACCAGCUUGGUGCAACUGAGUGAUGUUGGAGAAUCUGACUGCUCUUUUGAGCCAGAACUAGACUCACUGGCAACAGUAGACAGAUUAGAAACGGGGGUAAACUUCCCUUUAACUGUUUUACACACAAUAGAUCAUCUAAGUAACAGUGGGGAGAAGACAGAGGUUGUACUUAUGUCUGAAUGUCCUGCUGGGGAAGGGCAAGAUGAGCUUAUGAAUGAAAUAACUGCGGCCAUUUUAACUCAGGGACACAGGCUGGUAGUGAAUGACUCCACCCUUGAGUGCACAGAUGAGGCUGUGGCUUUAAGUGGAGUUGAAGAUGUGACACAUACCACAGAGUUGUUCUCAGAUGGCGACGACGGCAACCAUGAAACUCAAGUCAUUGCCUACUUCGAGACGAUACCGAAUGUUUUGCCCAAAGACACCUUUACCCAGUUUACCUUUUCACCAGAAACGGUACUAUCAUCGGCUCUGAGCUCCACACCCAUCACAUCCACUCUGCCUAUAGUGUCCAAACACGCAGCACCUCCCCCCACAUCCCUGGUCCUCACUUUGGAAAGACUGGAUUCUGAAGGAGGAGAGGGAGAUGAAGGCAAGUCGGAGGACGACGAUACAGAGCAAGAUUACCAGCUCGAGGAGCACUGCUACCACAAGAACAGUUUGAGUAAGGAGCAGCUGGAGGGAAUUGUGUGUGAGCUACAGAAAAAGGUCAAAGUGCUGCAGCAGCGGCACCGAAGACACCUGGAAAAACUCGUUGGACUGGAGAACACGGUCAGCCAGCUGAGACAAAGCAAUCUGCUGAAUGAAGAGCGACUGCAGUUACUUGAGAGGGCGUACAUGCAGACCAACGGAGCAGUGUCUGAUGCUGGUGAGACGGUCACCAUCAUCUAUGAGGAGGACGAUGCUGCUUAUUUGUAUACACCACUGAUAGAUACAGAGGCAAAGCUGUGAGGCCUGACUGACUGCGGAUAUCCCAUCUCUGCGUCUGUGCCAAAUAAAUAAAUAAAUGAAAGAAUAAUGGAGCUUAAGCUGUUGAAAACAAAACGCUACAAAAUUUUGUUCUUUUCAAUUUUGUCUCUAAUCCAGAAAAAAAUAUAUGAAAUGUGACUGUGGGUUAGUCCAUCUGCUGUGAACUUUCAACAAAUACAGAUAAAUAGUGGGACAGUGUGGUUUGUGGUAAUGUACAUAUAAUUAAAGUAACUUCAGUUUGGGUU